AUGGAUCUCAUGUUCCCACUUUGUUUGGCUUUGUGGUUAAUCAAUUUUUAUCAAGCUACUAAGGAGCUGUAUAAUGUGAAUCUCUAUUUCCUGAUUUUCUACCAUUAUAUUUUUGUUCCGAGUACGAAGGCUGGAGGUGGAGAGAACGGAACCAGGACGUCCACUCCUAUUUUACGCACGGACAUUCAGAUUUCUUCCAUGGCGGUCACGCGUUCGUGUCGUUCACCAAUCAGCCCUCGAGAUUCUGCAGGAGGCUUGUCGAAUCGACGCAAACAGAAUCUUAAUGCAAUUACGGAUAUGGAAGACAACGUAACGAUUCUUUUCAAGAAUGGGAAGCCAAAUAAAGUGGACGAUUUGGCAAUGGUUCCUGUUUAUCUUUCAAGCGCGCAAAAGCAGUUAUUCUUUUCAUCGCUGAAACAGAUCCAUCCUGAUGAACCCGAUGGAAAGCAUGUUUGCUCACAGUGCAACGAAGUCGUGCCCAACCUCAAAGAAGGGCGACGUCACAUGGUGACGCACAUACGUGUAAUGCGCCUUCGCUGUUCAUUAUGCGGAGCAGGAUCAUUUUUCUGCACAGACCUUCGAGUUCACUUAAUGGACGGAUAUUGCGAGAAACUACAUCGCGCACCAGAAGGAGUUGUUGAUCCGAUGAAACUUCCAUGCAUGACAAAAGAGCAGGCAGAUUCUCUCUCGGAGUUGGUUGAUCCUAUCAAUCCUGGUCGUGUGAUGUAUACUAGUGGUCAAAUUGUAUCAGCAAAAAGUCGGAUCCCGUACUAUCCUGAUCCUGUGAUAGAAGAGCGAAUUCUGGGUUCUGGCCGAAUAUUUUGUCGAUCAACCCAAUCACGCGCAAAGAAAACUUGA